AUGCUGAGCGCAGCCAUUAUUCCUUUUGCCAUUUUGGCAGUAUCAUGCGGUGUUUUUUACUCGCUCGUCUGCUUGGGAGGCUCAGCCGCGAGGAAGCGGGCUCUGGCGCACAUUCCAGAACUACGGUUUGAGAAGGAUAAUACGCCAGACCGAUAUAGAAACAACACUCGAUCCCUUUUGAGAAUCGGAUAUGAAAAGUACCUCCAGUAUGGCGUUCCGUUCCAGAUGUAUAACCCGAUUGGCGAGUUGGGCAACCAAGUUAUUCUUCCCAUGAAGUAUCUAGACGAAGUCAAGCGCGCCCCCAAGUCGCUGUUCAGUUUCGAGGUGUUUUCAGAAAAGUUGUUUCUCCUGAACUAUAUCAACGCCCCUCGUCAGACCAACGCUGCCACCCACGCUAUCAAAUUUCACCUGAAUAGGAACUUGAAUAAUGUCAUGAAUGGGCUCUGGACUGAGGCUGAGGCAUCGCUCAAGAAGACCAUUCCUUCGCCGGGUUGGCAGUCGAUUCCCGGGGGCGACCUUGCAUGCAGCAUUCUUUCACCCGUCAUGUCGUAUAUUCUCGUGGGCCCGUCAUUUUGCAGGGAUCCUGAAUGGCUAGAUAUUGCGGUAGAAACCACCUUUUCUGUCUUUGACGCCUCGUUGGACAUUCGAAAGAAAUAUACGGCAAAUUGGAGGUGGCUGGCGCGAUGGCAGAAUGGCACUGCGCAACGACUUGGGACGAUUCGAAAGAAGGCCCUGGAGUUAAUUAAGCCGCUAUACGACGAAAGACGCCAGGCUAUCAAUGAGAAUGAUGGCCGAAGCGACAGCGGCUCUGAAAUGUUUCACGACACCAUAUAUUGGCUCUUGGGCCAAAAACGGGCUGACACCUCCUUGAAGGCAGUCGUUGACCAGCAGUUAUUUUUGACCUUGGCGUCUAUCCACACCACUUCUGGCAUGUUGCAGUCCCUCUUAUUCGACUGGCUCGCUCAUCCCGAGUACCAUGCUGAGAUUACGGCGGAAAUCAACGAGGCCUUGGCUGAGUUUAAAACUUCGGGCAGCGAAUGGACGCUGCAGCGAGUUGCCAGGAUGAGAAAGCUGGAUAGCUUCAUGAAGGAGAGCAUACGGACGAAUCCCAUGGCCUUCAUCACCGGUCAGCGCUACGCGAUCAAGUCUCACACGUUCAAGGACGGAUUCAACUUGCCGGCUGGUACUAUGUUCCACUUUGCCGCCGACGCCGUCCAUCAUGAUCCAAACAAAUAUCCCGAUCCAGACAAAUUCGACGCAUACCGGUUCCUCCGUCUUCGCGAAAAAGUAGACCCAAACCAGUUUCACUUUGCCUUCGUCUCAGACAUGAAUCUGAAUUUUGGCGCUGGUCAGCACACCUGUCCGGGGCGAUUUCUCGCGGCCGUGGUCUUGAAGUUCGCCCUCAUCCUGCUUAUCACUCGAUACGAGAUUAAGUUUUCGGACGGCAGCACGCAAAAACCGCCAAAUGUGUUCGUCGACAAUACUAUGAGGCCGGAUCCCUCUGCAAAACUACUCAUAAAGGCUCUUAUUUAA